AUGGAAGGAUGGUUGAAGGGUCGCGUUGAAGGGUCCGAAUACCAGUCAAUCAAGCCAGGUCAGAGGUUGCGGCGGUCAACGAACGUGAGGCAGACAAGAGACGAAAACAAUCCUUUAGUAGUUAGGGUCAAGAGUCAAGUCAGCGGCGUUGGUUCAUGUCCCGCUUCCCCAUUUGAGGGGGGACCCUUGGAUCUGCCGCCAAGUCCGCUGCCGAGCAAGCGUAAUUUUGCGGAGAGGUGGUUGUGCCCCACAGCGUUCGACAGUUACCUAUCGCGAUACGGUGAGGGAAGCUCGGACUUUGUCGCGAAGGCGUUUGGGAGGCGAUUUAUGUGA